AUGUUUCGGGAAAAUUUCCCGAGCUUUCGCAGUUGGGGGAGCAUAGGGACACCCUCCAGAGGAACGCCGGAGCCAUCCCUAAAGGAAAGCCGGGCACCGAUAGAUCCGCCAAGAGGGGUUUAUCUACGGAAACACCGUGUACAGACAUACCUGAUAGGAUUAUGGAUUCUUUGUAUAAUAGCGUAUAUUGCGUCGAUAGAAAAGGCCAUUCACGCACACCAGUUGAGCCCGGAGAUAGAGGAGCCAACUCCGGAGAGUCUGUCGUUUGGAUUGCGAGGGACUAGGAGGAGGCAGGAAACGGUGCAGAUAUUCAGUGUUGCGAGAACGAUAUUGACUGCGAUACAUGUACAAAGUUUCUCUUUUCCUUCUCCCCAGUUUUUACUCGCUGGUAGAAGUGAGGCUGAGUUCGGAAGAGAGCUAAUGCGUUAGGCUAAUAGAUUCCGAUCAUCACUGCGACGCUCUCGUCCACAUUGCCGAUAUUGACCCAACGAACCAAAGGACGAGGGACGACCAUCAAUGCUGAGCAGUUGUUUAUGUUGGCGGAUAAGACAUGGGCCGGGGCUGGUGGAUGGUACGAAGCGCUUAGAGUUCGGAGGCUGUCUUGGGAAUGGUGGAAGUGA